AUUGCGUACUAGUGAUCGAGAAAGUAUUGCGUUUUUAAGAAGUUCGUGAUUUUGAAAAAGUAAAGAAUGGUUCACCUUUCUUGGAAUGGCUCGCGCAAACAGCGUCUAAUGGUAGCACAAGUGAUGAGCGGUGUUGUCAUUCUUGGAGUUGAUUUUCCGAGGCCAAUCUAUUGGCAUAGUUCUUCCGUAGCAGAUUUUUUUCUGUUUUUUGUCGCACUCACAGCCACCCUUCUAAGCGUGGUUAGACUGGCUGAUGAGCUGCAGCGAGGUCACCCGAUUAGAAAGAUCUUCGGAGCAGCUAUGUGGUUUCGGUCGGAGCUCCGAUUUACCGGAUGGGCUGCAGUGGUACUGCACUUCUCAGCCUGGGCGGUGCUGCUGGCAGCAAUCGCAUCCGUUUGGUAUCUGGUACUAAGUAUUAUAGGAAGUGUUUUUGGAUUUGCAGCCAGUAUUCUGUACUUAAUCGAUUGGUGGGGACUGUUCCGGGAGAGACACGUCGUCAGAGAGAAAAUCGGUGGCAAGACGGUAGAAACAGCGGAUUACGUGGAGAAAGGAAAAUAUUUGGCAGUAAAUUUGGCAUCUGUUCCAUUGGUUGGACAGAUUGGGCAACCCGAAUAGGUGAUCAAAAAUCCACGAGCCGUGGAACCCAACUACUACAUUUGAAAAGCGCAGCAAUGUUGUACAGGUUGUUUUCUGUUCUGUUUGAAGCAUAGUUAUAUAUAACUACUAUAGCUACUGUUUAAAACAAUCAAAGUGUGAGUAUCACUC